GGGCUGGGGCCGGCCGCGCGUAAUGCGGCGGAGGUGGUGAGGCCCCCGCGGGGAGGGGGCGGGAGGAGGGAGAGUCACUUAUAAAUGGCGCCCAAGCAGGACCCCAAGCCCAAAUUCCAAGAGGGUGAACGAGUGCUUUGUUUUCAUGGACCUCUCCUUUAUGAAGCAAAGUGUGUAAAGGUUGCCAUAAAGGACAAACAAGUGAAAUACUUUAUCCAUUACAGUGGUUGGAAUAAAAAAUUCUUCAAAUAUUCAUGCCAUCUUGGUUUCCUUCACAGACAGAAAUCAGAGCUCUUCUUCUUACACUGGGAUGAAUGGGUUCCAGAAAGCAGAGUGCUCAAAUACGUGGAUACCAAUUUGCAGAAACAAAAAGAACUUCAAAAGGCCAAUCAGGAACAAUAUGCAGAGGGGAAGAUGAGAGGUGCUGCUCCAGGCAAGAAGACAUCUGGUCUGCAGCAGAAAAAUGUUGAAGUAUUUUUCAGACGAGAUGGAGCGCAUACUGUUUGCUGUUUGGAGACCCCUACAAUAUCGACGCGGAAAACAAAAAAGAACAAACAGAAAACUCCUGGAAUUGGAGAAGGGAGCAGUACCAGUGAGACUCCCCAGCCUCCAAGGAAGAAGCGGGCUCGAGUAGAUCCAACGGUUGAAAGUGAAGAAACAUUUAUGAACAGGGUUGAAGUAAAGGUGAAAAUUCCAGAAGAGCUGAAACCGUGGCUUGUAGAUGACUGGGACUUGAUCACCAGGCAAAAGCAGCUGUUUUAUCUUCCUGCUAAGAAGAAUGUUGACUCCAUUUUAGAGGAUUAUGCAAACUACAAGAAAUCACGAGGAAACACUGAUAACAAGGAGUAUGCUGUUAAUGAAGUUGUGGCUGGAAUUAAAGAAUACUUCAAUGUAAUGCUGGGCACUCAACUACUGUACAAAUUUGAGAGGCCCCAAUAUGCUGAAAUUUUAGCAGAUCACCCAGAUGCUCCUAUGUCUCAAGUUUAUGGUGCUCCGCAUCUUCUGAGGUUAUUUGUACGAAUUGGAGCUAUGCUUGCUUACACACCUCUUGAUGAGAAGAGUCUGGCUUUGCUGUUAAACUACUUACAUGACUUCUUAAAGUAUUUAGCAAAGAAUGCCUCUGCAUUGUUUAGCGCCAGUGACUACGAAGUAGCGCCUCCUGAGUAUCAUCGGAAAGCGGUAUAACAGUAUGCUGCUUUGUAAUGAAGUGAUAAUUGGAUUCUUGUAAUACUGUCCACUUCUACAUCUUGUUCUUCACCUUCCUGUUGCACGUCUCUUGCACAGACUAUGUAAACAUCAAGUGAAUAAAGUUGUGUGUUUAAAAUGGAACUGGUAUUUGUAAGUUCUGAAGGCUUUCUUGUUCUAAAAUGGAAGCUUGGUGUUUAAUGGAGCUCUUCAGGUUUUCUGGCUUGCUACUGUGUUUUUUUUUUUUUGUUUUUUGCCUCAGUGGAAUGUGAAAAAAAAAUGCAGUUAUGGUAUUUCAUUGUAUGAAUUCUUCAGUACUUGUGGGUCUGGUUUGACAUUAAGACUUGCCUACCUAAUCUGCUUUAUUGCUUAGUUAAACCUAGACUCUCAGACCCAUUGGGAUUGUGAUCACCUAGUGUUGAUGCUAUUAAUUAGUCUGACUUUCAAACCCAUUUACUUUCUUGGUGUUGGAAGUAAAAUGUUUGGUCAAUAAAUGUAUGUUUUUAUUUAGAUAGUUGAAGGACAGUGACCUUUUUAUAACAUAACAAUAGAAAAAUACAUUAUCCUAUCUUAGUGUCCUGGAAAUGUUGGUCUUUCACGGUUGUUUUUCAGAUCUUCAAAUAAACUUUUUUAAUUUCAAA